AUGUCUGUGCGUACAACACUCCAUGUGUUUAGACUAAUCUUUGCCAUCAUUUGGUGUUACUCUUUAUAUUUUGAUGUGAAGUAUCAACCGCGAUUAGGACAUGAAUACUACAUCUAUAAACUUGUCAUGUUGACUAAUAUAAACUUCGUUCUUCUGACAGUUUUCUCGGUCAUAGCGGCACUGGGAUAUUUUUUUAAUACUCUUCAUACUGUUCGAAGUUUUAUGUUCUAUACAUCUGCAUUUCCACUAGGAACGAUUACCUGCUCUCUGUUUUGGGGACUCUAUUACAUCGAUCCAGAGCUUGUUAUGCCUUCUUGGGUAGCGAGAUUGAUUCCAAGCUGGCUGAACCAUGUUACACACACUCUGCCGAUAAGUCAAUUAAUAUUUGAAAUGUUGAGUGGUACUAAUAAACCAUCAAGUCGAAGAACUAAUAUUAUAUCUUCUGCGUUUUUAGUAGCCGUUUACUUCAUUAUAAUAUUAGUUACAAGAGCGGUUGAUGGAUACUGGAUCUAUCCUUUAUUGGAACUAUUUGCAGUUCAUCAUUUUCUUCUCGGAUACAUUCUUGCAGUACUAGGAUACUACUCACUCAUCCUUCUGGCUCAAAAAGUCAGCAAAAUAUCUUUCGUACAGCAGAGAAAACUGAAUAGAGGUGGUAGAAAAAAGCAGUGUUGA